ACCAAAGGUAUCUAACCUUUGGAGCCAACCUUCUACAACAAAAGAGUCCACCAUUAGGGAUCAAAUUGUGUAGGCUUUUCUCUUCGAGUCAUAUCAUUUCAUAACUGAAUAGCUGUGAGCCAUUGGAUACAGGAAUGGUUUCUAACCAAAUAGGGUAUGCUAUGAGACGGUUUGGGGUAAGGCCUUGCUAUAACCACCUGUGAGUCCUUUUCCCACUCAGAAUUAGCCAGAAAUCCGUCUAAUUUGGUUAGAUUUAGGAUAUAAUGUGGUUAGACCAAGUAAAUGAAGUACCAAUGAGAAGAAUAUGAAUGCGAUUGUGUCAGGAGGAAAAAAAACAGAGAGACUGAGAGACUUUCCAUGCUUGCAAUGUAUGUCCCCCCGCCUUUUGAAGGAAUACCUUGGUGUUACAAGGAAACCUCUGCCUAUAGAGCAUAAGACGAGAGAGUGACUCUUGUGUUUCGUCUAACUUCUUCCACCCUCAUAUUAGUCUUUUGGGGCCUUAUACAACUGUUAAGAUUCAAUUAUAAUCAUCAGAAAGGCGAGAGAAUAUUUAGGGACAGAAAAGUGGUGUACUUUGCUGGAUGUCUGGUUCAGGAUUGUUGGAUCCAGAGGAUCCAAAUACUGCCAGAUGCACCUAGUAGUAGCAGAGCAGGCCAGACACUUCUGUCUCUGAGAGUGUAAACUUCACUGAAGGACAGGGCAUUAAUACAAACCAAAAUUUUUUGAUUGAAUUUGCUUGUACAUAAGCAUAUAGAUUUUUUUUCUUCUCAGGUUCCCCCAUACGCCAAAUAUACCUUGCCAUGAUCGUCAUUUGGAUAUAGAAGAUUGAGGGUUGUGAUGGCGUGAGGAGGAGUGCUUUUGACUGUGAUCACUUGGAAUGGAAGGCUUUCUGAUGUCAGGGGGUCGGCAGGGAGUGUCUGCAAGUUAAUUCUUCCAGGAUUGACUUUCAAGAUCUUCAUUUCCUCUGCCUUUGUCAUUGGCUCCUUUGUUUGAGGCCCGCAUGAACAAUGUCUGGAGACAAGGUUCCCUUGCUCUGCAACUAUGGUGGACAUUUUGCGAAUGAGGCAGGUAGAAUCAUCUACAAUGGCGGUAGUACCCGAGGUACUUAUGUUACCCGUGACAUUAGUUAUUCCAGUCUUCUAUCGAAAAUGCGCGAGGUCAGCAUGUCAGGACCUCCGAACACUGGCAUUGACAUCAAGUAUAGGUAUCCUGGCAUAGAUUUUGACUCAUCCCUUGUCGAUAUUAAGAGUGAUGACGAUGUCCGUAUGAUGAUGGAUGUGUUUCCCCGAUAUUGCAAUGCCAUCGCUAUUUAUAUCAUCAAACAUGAAAUACAUCCAAUCAACAUAUCAACUAUUAGGCACAAUAUCAUGGGUACUUCAAGGGGGGUCCACAAAAGGGAGUUGGGUAGCAGAAACACAAGAAUUGGGCACAACCAAUCAUCAGUCCCCAUUACUACAAACUCUCCCCAAUCAUCUGCCGCAGAUAGGAGGGAUACCAUAAUGAUCAGAGAGCAACAACUUUCUGAUGGUCCCAGUAUUACAAACACACGGAAUGUGUCUGAAAGCCUUUCCGACUCUUCGAAUACAGAUUUGGAGCCAGAUGGUGAUGAUGCGGGAUUGUCCAUUAGAUCCAUGGAUGAUGCAUCACCAUCAAAUUUUGGUUGUAAAGAUUUUAGUAAAGAGAUUGGUAGUUGUGAAAAGGCCCUUGUUACAUUGAAGGAUUUGAGAGGGAAUGAAGGUAUCUCAGAUUGUGGUCAAAGGCCCACUGAUAGCCUUGCAUUGAAGACACAAGUAGGGUUUGAAGAGAGUGAUGACGAGUCGUCACAUAGUUUGAAGGUUGGCCAAAUAUUCGUAGAUGGCAAGGCUUUUAAUAAAGCAUUGCGUGAGUUUGCUAUGUACUCAAAUUUUGAAUAUAAGCCUGUUAGAACCUCUAAGAACAUGAGUACUGCAAAGUGUAUCAAUCCAGCUUGCCCUUGGCGCAUACAUGCAUCAAGACUUCCAGAACAGCCUACAUUCAAGAUUAAAACAUAUAAUCCAGUUCAUACUUGUGUAAUGAAAUGUAGUUCUUCACAUAGACAGGCGAGUAUUGCAUGGAUAGCUAGUGUCAUCCAAGAGCAGGUGCAAACCAAUUUAAAUUAUACCCCAAAGGAAAUUGUGAGAGAUAUUAAACGGCAAUUCAAUGUCGAUGUAAGCUAUGCGAAAGCAUGGAGAGCCAAACAGGAUGCAAUGGGUGCUAUCCGUGGAUCUUAUAAAGAAUCAUUUAAGGCUCUUCCAGGUUAUUGUAAAGAGAUCGAGAGAACAAAUCCAGGAAGUGUUACAGAACUGAUAUGUGAUCGGGACAGUGUAUUCUUGAGAUUAUAUUGGGCAUUCAGUGCAUCAAUUAGAGGAUUCUUGAAUGCAUGUCGUCCAUUUUUAGAAGUUGAUGGGGCUCAACUUACUGGGAGAUGCUCAGGUGUGUUUCUUUGUGCCACAGCUGUGGAUGCAAACAAUGAGUCAUUUCCUGUAGCUUUUGCUAUUGCAGAAUCUGAGAGCAAUGCAAGUUGGACAUGGUUUCUAACUGUGUUAAGGCGGUCAUUGGGGGAAAUACCAAGAUUGACAAUUAUUUCGAAUAGGGAAAAUGGCUUACAAAGUGCAGUAAAGGAGGUGUUCCCAGAGGCACUCCAUGGAUUUUGCAUGGCACGCCUCUCUGAAAGCUUUUGUAAGUUAUUUAGGAAUGACAUGCUACGAAAAAUCUUUUGGAAAGCUGCUCUGGCAUGCACACGACAGGAAUUUGAGCUCCACAUGAGCACCAUUGAGGGCAUAUCCAAGGAGGCUGUUUCUUGGAUCAAUAGUAUCCCAACUGAAAAUUGGGCAACAGCCUUUUUCAAGGGAGAUCGAUACAACAUUCUGACUUCUAACAUUGCUGAAAGCUUCAACAAUUGGCUAAAUGAGGCUAGAGACUCGCCUAUUAUCUCCUUGGUGGAGUGCAUACACAUAAAGAUGAUGGAGUUGUUUAACCAGCGUCGUGAUGAUGGGGGGAAGUGGACUGGCAUGCUUACACCAUUUGCUGAAAAAUAUAUUGCUAAAAUGGUACAGCCUUCACGACAACAUGAUGUGCGCCAUUGUCGACCGACUGAAUUUGAGAUUAUAUCCCAUGAGCAAACAUUUUUUGUGGACCUCGGCCAACGAACAUGUUCAUGCCGCCAGUGGGAAGUCCAAGGACUGCCAUGUUCACAUGCUAUUGCGGCCAUUCAUAAUAAAAAAUAUGACGUAUGUAGUUUUUGUCAGGAUUGGUUUUAUGUUGCCAAAUAUCAAGCAACAUAUUUGGAGGCAAUACACCCAGUACUUGACGCCAGCACAUGGGAAGGUGAUGAAAAGCUAUCUAUUGAGGCUCCACCCACCAAAAAAAGACCUGGCCGACCACGGAAAAACAAAAUUUGUUCGGAACCUUCAAAACCUCUGGUCCAUUGCAGUAACUGUAAACAAAUUGGUCAUAAUCGGAGGAGUUGCAGAGAUCCAUCACCUGUGCAAUUCGAAGUUAAUUCUGAGUCUUGAUCUGUGGCAGUUUUGAAUUGUCCAUUUCUUACGUAGUUUAAUAUUUGCGUGUAUGUUGAGUAGGGUCUUCUUCGAAGAUGGAGGUUACUUGCAAUCAAAACCUCAGUGUGGUAUUCUCUUUGGUAAUAUAGAAGAACAAUAGAAAAUAUAGAACCAAAUUAUUGAGUGAA